UCUUCUGGCCUGUUGGCAGGGAAAGGCCAGAUGGCAGGCUGAAAUCCAACUAAGCUUGUUGUGGUCUCUAGUGAAGUCAACUCCAGCACAUCAGAACCUCCAAUACACCUUCCUCAGGUCGUCAUCUCUAUUUCCUAUUCUAACCAUGACAGAGGAAUAUCUCCAAGUGUGAACUGAGACAAACUGGAAACAGCUGGCAACUUUUAACCACAGCAUUGUAGUCAAAAGAUCCUGUCUAUCAAGACUCUCACAAAUCAGUUGUUUACCAACCCAUCAUCUGCCAACCAGUCAUGGACCAAUCAGGCAUAAACCAACCAGACAUGAACCAACCAGAUGUAACACAACCAUCUGCAAGUGAACCAGAGAUGAACCAUCCAGACAUCAGACAACCAGCCACAAACCAAACAGACAGAAGCCCACACAAUCUGAACCAACCAGGGCCAAGCCAACCAAACAUCAACCAGCCAAGCAUGAGCCAGAAUGGCAUGAACAAUCCAGAUGUGACAAGAUCAGAUGCAAGCCAACCAGACAUGAACCAACCAGACCUGAGCCAACCCAAUAUGAAAGAACCAGAGCCAAGCAUGGACCAGCCAGUCAUGAACAAACCAGAUAUGAGCCAACAAGGUUUGAGGCAGCCAGACCCAAGCCAAAUGGGUAUGAAAAAAACAGGUACAAGUAAACCAUGCAUGAAUCAAGCAGGCAUGAGUCAAACAGGCAUAUGGCAGUCAGGUUCACCUCUGCCUAUCAGAAAUCAAAGGAACCCAUGGCAAUGUGGUACAGGGUAUCCAGGCAAGAGACCACCAGACAUGUGGCAAACAGACCAAAGCCAUCAGGGAAUGAGACAAUUAGACACAGUACAACAAGACCCAAGCUAUGCAGGACAGAGACAACCAGAUACAUUGAAACCAGAUCCAAGUUAUCCAGGAAUAAAACAAACAGAGCCAUGGCAAUGGGAACCAAGCUCUCCAAGCUUGAGAAUAACAGACACAUAUCAAUGCAACAUAAGCUACGUAGGCAAAAAAUAUCCAAAUUCAUGGCAAACAUGCCUAAAUCACCCAGGCAUUGGACAAUUAGACUUCAAACAACCAGGUCCCACAGAACCAGGUAUGAAACGAUCUGACACAUCACAACCAGGCCCUAAUCAACAAAGUAUGAGACUACUAAGCUCAGGGCACCUAGGCCCUAGCCGAUCAGGUAUAGCUUGGUCAGAAACACAACAACCAGGCCCUAGACCACAAGAUAUGAUACCAUUAGACACAAAGAAAUUUUGCCCCAACCAAUCAGGCGUGACAAAAUCUGACAUGUGUCAAUCAGGCCCCAGACAAUCUAGCAUGAAAGAGUUUGACACAUGGCAAUCAGGCACCAGUCAACCAGGUAGGUCUGAAACAUGGCAAUCAGGCACCAGUCAACCAAGCAGGAAAGAGUUUGACUCAUGGCAAUCAGGUACCAGUCAACCAAGCAGGAAAGAGUUUGAAACAUGGCAAUCAGGUACCAGUCAUCUAAGCAGGUUUGAAACAUGGCAAUCAGGCACAAGUCAAUCAGGCAUGAAACAGUUGGAUUCAUGGCAAUGGGGUUCCAACUACCCAGACAGGACACAAUCAGACAAAUGGACAAUAGGCCCUAGCUCCCUAAGUAUGAGACAAUGGGAUUCAUGGCAAACAGGCCAAAGCCAAAUGGGCAUGAGAUAUUCAGACUCGUGGCCAUGGGGCCCAAACUCAGGCAUGAGACACUCAGAUUUAUGGCAACCAAGCCCUGGCCAAUCAGGCAUGAGACAAUCAGAUGCAUGGCAAACAUCUCCAAGCCACCUAGGCAUGAAACAACUGGAUACAUGGCAACGAAUUCCCAGCAUCCCUGGGGUAAGACAAUUAUAUACAUGGCAGCCAAGCCCAAGUUGUUCAGGGACAAGACAAUCAGAAAAAUGGCAACUGUGUCCCAGCAACCCAGACAUGAGACAAUCAGAUACUUGGGAACCAAUGUCAAGGCAAUCAAAGGCAAGCACCAGCCAACUGGGUUUGGGCCAAGAAGACAUGGAACAAUCACAGAAAAGUCAACCAGAAACCACUCAACUAGACAAAAAACAAUUAGAAACAAGCCAACCAGAUACCACCCAAUCAGGAACUAGUGAAUUGGAUACAAGCCAACCAGACACUAUCCAGUCAGGCCAAGGAGGAAUGACACAAUCAGAUACAUCAGAGCCAACUCCAAGCCAACCAGAGAGAAAAGCCAACCCAUCAGACAACACCAGCAACUCAGACCCAAGUCAGGUAGUCAUAAGUCAACCAGGUGAAAGUCAAUUACAGCCAAGCGUAUCAAGCAUGAGUGAUUUAGGUACAAGUCAAGAAAGAAUGAUCCAAUCAUCCAUGAGAAAAGCAAAUACUGCUCCUUUCCACAUAAGACCUGCUAUGCCUCAAGAUUGCCCAGAGAUCCUACGACUGAUAAAAGAAAUGGCUUCCCAUGAAGACAUGCAAGAAGAAGUGACAUUAACAGAACUGGAUUUAUUCAGGGAUGGUUUUGGAAAUAAUCCCCUUUUCUACUGCCUGAUUGCUGAAUCACCCAAUCAAGAAACAGAAUCGGGAUUCAAAACUAUUGGCUUUGCCAUGUACUACUACACAUAUGACCCAUGGGUUGGCAAAAUGCUUCACCUAGAGGAUUUUUACAUCAGUGAAGAGUACCAAGGUCUAGGUAUUGGAGCUGAAAUACUGAAGAAGUUAAGUCAGAUAGCCAUCAACACCCAAUGCAGUGCCAUGCAAUUUCUUGUUGUCAUUUGGAAUCAAGAUUCUGUUGAAUACUACACUCGCCUAGGGGCUUCAGACCUUUCCUGUGAGGAAGGCUGGCAUCUGUUCAGGUUUAACAUUGAAGAUCUCCUAGAACUUGCUGAGGAAGAAUGAAAAAAACCUAGUUACAACUCAUCAUAAUAUAGGCCUCAACAUUUGAAUGUCACCUUAGAACCAUCGCUUCAACAUCAAAUGUUGUGAAAUAAAGCAAGUGA